UUUUUUGAGUUUCCCGGUUCGAGAUCAUCGCUGGUAAGUCUCCGAGGAAAGGGUUGACAGUAGUCUGAAAUGAUUGUUCCACGACAUUGGACUUCUCGCGAUUGAAGUUGGUAUUCCGGAAAACCAGUUUCAGUAGAAGAUUAUCUUGUCCCGUUAUAUUUACUGAAUCGUAUGCACUGCAUCCGUGCCGUAUGUGUUGUGGCUUUUACUCCGGGAUGUCGAAGGUUUACCGAAACUUUCAUCGUUUCCAGUGAAAUCGAAUGCCGUCGGCAAGGAUAAAGGUUUACUGAACAUCAUUUUUGGUUGCGUAUUCGGUACGUGAUGCCGGCGGCGCACCUGACGCUGCGCGAGGAGGACGUGGUACGACUAACCUUGGAGUUCCUCCACAGCCGUGACCUACACAUCUCGCAGCUUUCGUUGGAACGAGAGACAGGCGUGAUAAACGGUCAGUACAGCGACGACGUGCUCUUCCUUCGUCAGCUGAUCCUCGACGGACAAUGGGACGACGUGUUGGAGUUCAUUCAGCCGUUGGAGGCGUUGCCGGACUUCGACAUGAGAAAGUUCACCUAUUCGAUUCUCAGGCACAAGUACGUCGAACUGUUGUGCAUCAAAUCCGAGGCAAACCUGAACGCGACAGGGACGAACGGAAGUGUGGACAACGCGGUGGAGGAAGUGGUGAAGGUGUUGAGCGAUCUUGAAAAGGUUGCACCCUCCAAAGAGGAGUACAGCAGUUUGUGUCUUCUUUUGACGCUUCCACGGCUCACGGAUCACCUGCAGUACAAGGACUGGAAUCCUAGCAACGCGAGAGUCCAGUGUUUCCGGGAAGUGCAUCUCCUGGUGGAAAAGUUUCUGCCAGGCGACAGAAAGAGCACCGAUCCGGCUCAUCCUGUCAGCUCGGCGAAGAACGAUCGGCUGAUACAACUGAUAAUUAAGGGGAUUUUGUACGAGUCUUGCGUUAAUUACUGCCAGGCCAAAGCUACUGGUUCCAAGGAGAGCGAACAGGUGGAGAUGAAUUUCUCCCGAUUGUUGGACGGUUCCGUUGGCUUCAGUGAUUCCGAUUUAAGCCUGCUCUCUUGGCUGCAAAGUAUACCACCGGAAACGUUCGCCGUGCCUUUCGCGCAACGUACGUUGAACGUGGACGUGGAAAGGCUGGAGAGACCAUCGUUGGAGACUUCAUGGACGGAGCAUAUGUUGAUCACACCGAUAAAACCGAAAACCUUCCCGCAUUGCGCGAUGCCGUUUACCAGGCCGCGAUCAGCCGCCGACAUGAUGUCUCGCAGUUUAGUGCCGGCUUUAGAAGCUGGACUCGGACCAAGGAGUCCCGGUCCUAAAAAUACGCCGAUACCAUCUGCGGCGCUAAUGGCCCUGUCCACCGGUGAUAUAAACCCGAUGUCAAGAUCGUCUUUCGCGAGCUUUCAUCUGACCGGUUUUAAGAACAACAAGCUAAUGAACACCAGCGUGGAUAGGCUCUUUGAGAACGAGGGUGACGUCUUCCUUAGUUCUAGUUACGCUGAAUAUCAACAGCUGCCUUCCAUACAAGAGACGACGACCAACAGUCAACCGAAAGCUCCGCCGAGAACGAGAGGACAGUCGAAGAGUCCGGAGGGUAUCAAAGCGGAUCCUUCCGCAGCGUCGACACCGGAGCGCAGAAUCGCUGGCAGAGAAUCUCCCGCGCCGUCAACAGCUAGGAGUUCCAGAAGAGAUUCUUUAGCCGAGAAACCAACCGGGGUCGCGGCGAAGAUCACAGAACCCUCGGUGAUCCCUGGACGGCCUUCCAUAGGCGGUGAUCAUCUGGAACAGAGCUACAAUGGAGACCUGUUCAAAGAGUAUCAAAAGCAAAAGCAGAGGCUGCAGGAGAAGUUCCAGCAGAGGGAAAGGGAGUGGGACGACUUAGUCAGACAACUGUCCGCGCCGCUGUCGCCGCAGGUGGUGGAUAAUAGACUUCAGAACGAUGGUAUAAAGCAACCUUUGGGAAGCAAAGGACCCUCACCUGUUCACACGAGCACCCCUGCUAGGUCUGGUAUCCAGUCACCGAAACCUGUGAUCAAUGGAUCUGAACCUAUGGUAAGACAGAACUCGGCGUUGGGCAACGCGUUCGAUGCCAGAGUGCAGGAGAGUCAUUACGACGUCGUCAAGCCGAUAAAGCAAGAACCAAAGCAGGAAUUAGACGCUAGCAACGGAAGUAGCAACGGUGGCAGGCCGAGAUUCGUUCCUGUGACGGCAUUGGAGGAUGUGCAGGCAGUUCGAUGCGCGGAGUUUCACCCCCAUGGAAAAUUGUACGCCGUGGGAUCGAAUUCGAAGACUCUGAGAAUAUGCUCCUAUCCAAAGCUUCACGAUGUCAGAGAGGAUCAUCAGACGUAUCAGCCCACGGUUCUCUUCAAGAGAACGAAACACCACAAGGGUUCGAUAUAUUGCCUCGCAUGGACACCGGAUGGGCAGCUGAUGGCGACCGGAAGUAACGACAAGACUGUCAAACUGAUGCGUUUCAACGCUGAUACAUCGAACCUCGAAGGGCAAGAAGUCGAGCUGACGAUGCACGACGGCACAGUACGCGACCUGUGCUUCCUGGAGGACACCUCGAACAAAUCCAGUCUGUUGAUCAGCGGGGGUGCAGGCGAUUGUAAGAUUUACGUGACUGAUUGCGCGACAGGAACACCCUUCCAGGCUCUCAGCGGCCACAGCGGACACGUUCUAACCCUUUACAAUUGGGGUGGCGCGAUGUUCGUGAGCGGUUCCCAGGAUAAAACCGUACGAUUCUGGGAUCUGAGAACGAGAGGAUGCGUCAACAUGGUCACCCCGGCUACGGUACCUGGAAGCAGGCAUUUGAUACCGUUGCAGGUUGGCAGCCCGGUAGCUGCCCUCUGCGUCGAUCCAUCCGGACGACUACUGGUUUCCGGUCACGAGGACAGCAGCUGCGUUCUCUUCGACAUACGAGGCGGCAGAACCGUACAAUGCUUCAAACCUCAUGCUGCUGAUAUCAGAAGCAUACGCUUCUCACCUUCCGCCUACUACUUGCUAACCGGUGGAUACGAUAACAAGCUCGUUCUCACCGAUCUGCAAGGAGAUCUAACGAUGCCCUUACCCAGUGUGGUGGUAGCCCAACAUCAGGACAAAGUGAUCUCUGGACGGUGGCACCCGACGGAGUUCUCGUUCCUAAGUACCUCUGCUGACAAAACAGCAACUCUCUGGGCUCUGCCACCAGUCUAGGCUAUCUGAAACUGCAAAACGCGCGUUCGCUACUCGUUAUGCUUGUUUCUUCCUUUCAGUAAUAAUUUCCUUAUCGCUCAUGGUCGUUCGUUCUUUGCAGAGAAAUCCUUGCAGCGUAUCAUUUUAUUAUCGGUUUCUCAAUGAAAGUAAAAAACGAGACUGAAUUUUCUCGCUAUCCUAAGAUUCGUCGUCGUUUGUACAGGAAAUCGUUGCAGGAAACAACGAUGAAGGAAGGAGCGAUCGCGAGCGAUAUCGGCGUGCGAAUUUCUUGUUAAAACGGGAAGAAAGUUUUUCCUCGUGUACUCGCGCGUGAUUCAACCAUGACCAAUUAAAAGAAAUCUUCCUUGAAAAUAUUCGCACGCAGAUGAAAAACAUCGUAACGUGUUUGCCGAGCAAACGUUGCACUCUUUGCGAAGCUCGGUUGAGAUUAGUAAAAGUUCAAUUUCGCGAUUGAACGAUACGUCGAAGAGCAUCGACGAGUCUGGUAGGAAUCAUAAGACUGCGAAAGAACUGACGGAACAUUAUUAAAUUCGGAGACACUCGACGAACGCGAGGUCGGGAACACCGGCGAAAAUUCGCGGACGUAGGAUUUUAAAAAAUGAAUCAUCGCGGUCGCAAUUUCAAAACGAUCGAGAAUAUUUUCUUGAGUCGAAAUCGAGCGUGUCGCUUGUUAGAUUCGUGUAACGUUUGUCUCUCCAUUUUAUAGUUUCUUCGCGGUUGUGUGUUUACCCUGAUGUAAAUAAGUUAGCGGUAGCGUUAAGAGCCUCGAACCAUGGGAGACGAAAAUCUUUCCGGAAACGUCGCAAUUGCCCUUGAUUAAUUUUCUUAGUCUUUAAAUGCUCUCUUACUCCUUACCCUCUUACCCUUUCGUUGCAGAUAGAAUCUAGAUUUACUUGCAUAGAAAAUAACAAUUGCGAAGAUCUACGUUUUUCUCUGAGUUCGUCCAUCGACCUUCUAUCAUUACUCACCUUUCCUUCGUUUCAUUUAAACCUUGGAAAUAGAACAACACCGUUUCUCCCCACGAAAAUUAUCGUCCUCAUCCCUUGUCCUUUUAUCGAUCCCCGAAGUCACGCCAAAUAUUCGCAUAUAUUAUAUACUUCUAUGAUAUGAUAGAUUACCUAUUCGUAUUAAGAGAAUCAACGUAUUAUACGUACGCUCAUUAUUAAUCGCUAUUUUUUACCAAGAGGAUUUACCAAGAGAGGAGAAACGAGAUUUUCUCUGGACUCGAAUGAUCUCGACGCGCCCUUACGCGUCGUUAUCGUAGCACGAUAAGCAGAGAAUUCUAGCUUUUUAGAUUUAAGGUCGUCGCUUGUCGAAAUCGCCAAAGCUGUCGAAGUAGCCGGGGAAAUCGGGAAAAAAUCGAAGGAGAAAUUUCUGUUUCAACGCUUAAACGAUCGUAUUUCUCCUUGUACAUACAUGCAACGUUUUCGCGAUGAUCACGAUGUCCUUUGGGUUUUAUUUCCAGCUACAAACAAUGUGAGAACGAACCGCGUCUCGCGUGUUCUUCUUGCGAAUCAUACAUGUACCCUUCGAAUGUAAAGACUCCGAGUUGUGACGUUCGAACGAUCGCAUACAAUGACGGAAGAAAGUCAUCGCUUGUCGUGGCAAAAAGUGAUUUCGUUUUACCGCACGAUGCUGCCUUAAUAUCGUUCUCUCUUUUUUUUCUUUCUAUCCAUCGAAUGAUCGAUCGAGCAGGAUUUCGAAGCGAAAGACAGAGUCGUGGAAGGAAGAGGAACGAGGAAGCGAGCAUCUGGCUUCUCUGUAGCAAUUUGUCGUGCCUUCUGUCGUGGCUGCUUUCGGCGAUUACACACUUAUUUUUCUAUUUUUCACGAUUUAACACAUUGUCAUCCCUCUGAUCACACCACCAUCUCGUUAUCCUUCACGCGUUCCUUGCACCCCUGUUUCGAAACGAUCGUAAUACCUGACGACUUCCCCAUCGAACUCGGUUAAAAAACGCUGAAUUAUGAAACCUCUUCGUUAUCUCGUACGAUAAUUACCUUAUUAUAAUAUAUACAUAUAUACAUAUGAUAUAGUAUAACUUAUAACUUUGUACUUUUCCUGUAGAUACGACAUAAUACUGUCACAUCUAAUUUAAACAAUAAAAUUUACGUUAUUAAUUAUCGUGGUAUCUCAGUUACAUUAAAGAACACCCUUGAAUGUGAAACGUUCUUGAAAUUUUCUGAAUCGUUAAAGGGUGCGGGGUCAAUUGUGAUCCAAGUUUAAAAAACCUAUGUAACAAUGCACUCAAAUUUUUAAAGGAGAAAUUUUUACCUGUUGAAAAAUAAUAUUUGAUGCGAUGAUUUAAUGUUUAAAAAAUGUGUCUGGAAUGAAAUUUCAAGCGUAGCUAAUUAGAUCACUUAGGAUAGAAAAUCAUCGAUCUUAGAUCCUGAAUAAAUAAAAAAUCUGUAUUAAAAUAAAGUCGUCGGUCGGUGCGAUCAAAGAGAACCUCUAUUACGCAAUUAAGCGGGUAAAAGCGAUUACCGCGGAGUGUCGAAGAGGGUAUCGAAGUUCUCUAGGACUUUUCGAAAAUUUCUCAUAAUCACCGGGCAAUCAUGCAAUCUUCCACCCGCGCGCGUUUUACGCGUCCGAGGCCACCGGAUUCAUCGUUUUCGGUCGAAGCGGUUCCAUGAAUCGCCGUGGUACUCCAGUUUACGAAAUCUCUGAACGAGUAUGCGUUAAGGGAUUCUCCGAUUUACCAUCAUUACGUUCACUACCCGGGAACCGGCAAUUUUGCGAGGGAGAAUUUAUGUAGGGGGAGAGAAAUUAACGCGCCCUGCCGUAACUCGAACAUCUACGACGUUUUGUAAUUUGGGUGAAGUUAAGUGGAGAAUGAGAUAAGAAGAAAAAGAAUAUAUGGAGAAAUUAAGACGCUCAGGUGAUUUUGGUAAAUCGAAUAUCGUAUAAUCAAUCAGUAUUUAUCAAAAUAUUCACGCUGCAGGGACCUGUCCUCAGGAUGUGACCCACCCACCCACGAAAUUCCUAGGCUGCGGUACUCGUCGUCGAUUCGUCGAAGCCUGUCGUUUCGCAAAUAUUCUUGAAAUCCUCACCGCGGGCCAGGCCGUCCUAAUUGUUGCUGGCCGUCGUUGGAUACGUAUGCGAUCCCUGCUCCCCGAGGACAAAGGCCGUUUCCUUUCUGCUCGAGCACCACCUACGAUCGGAAUUCCAUCCCCUGGAAGGCUUGUAACCGGAGCGCCACGUUGCACAGGCUUCAGGAAUGCCCCUCGAGCUGCCAAGUUCGGUAAUGUUACGUUUUCGACGCAAGAAGGGACAACGGACCUGAGGCUGUACGACUGGGGAGUCCAGGACAAGUGUUGAAUGCCGCAGAAAGUUUUCCAAAAGAUCUUGCCAUUAUUCUAAUAACUUUUAAAUAAAAAUUGCAUUCUAAUCAUUUUUAAAUAGUUGGGAUGGUUUCGUAUCGAAAAUUUAAAAGCAGGUUUUAGUCAAAUUGAGGAGAAUUUAAGAGGGUGUUCUUCAUUAGAAUCGUUGAUUUUGGGCGAUUUUUAAGAGAGACUUUUUUUGAAUUGUUAUAGUCCAAGAAACUUAUUAUUUUGUAGACAGUUUGGGUAUUAUUUAAAAAAAAUACUGUUUAAUUUU